CUGGUCCGCCGCUGUUUCCUUGGAAACUUCGGAUAUGAAUAUGGACAGAGGCGGCGUGGAUUUGAGCAACGGUCUCGAAAAUGUCCCUGUUUUAAUUGAGGCGGGUUCAGGUGCACUGACAUUUCCUCAGUUUCAGUAUUCCCCAGAUAAUAUUCAGGGACCAGGAUGCACUAUUGACCCCAGUGAAGUCACCCUUCCUGGAUGCUGCUGCCUUUCCCACUCCUGCUUCACUGAGAGCUGCUCCUGCCUGCAGACACAUGGGCAGCCAUACAACAGCACCGGCACACUGCUGAACCUUACCAGAACAGGCUCUGGUUACUGCUCACCUGUGUUUGAGUGCAAUGUCCUCUGCACCUGCAGUGAUGCCUGCUCUACCCGGGUGGUGCAGAGAGGACUAAGGCUCAGGCUGGAGGUUUACAGCACCAAGAACAGGGGCUGGGGAGUGCGGACACUGGAGGGAAUCCCUCAGGGGACCUUUGUGUGCGAGUAUGCAGGAGAGGUGAUCAGUUUUGAGGAGGCCAGACGCAGACAGCUCGCUCAGAGAUCUGAGGAAAAUAACUACAUCAUUGCUGUAAGGGAGCAUGCAGGUAAGGGCUCCGUCACUGAGACGUUUGUGGACCCUGCCGUGGUGGGAAACGUAGGCCGCUUUCUCAACCACUCCUGCCAGCCCAACUUGUUCAUGCAGCCAGUCCGUGCGCACUCUGUGGUUCCUAGACUGGCGCUGUUUGCUGGAAGGGACAUCGAUGCACUAGAGGAGCUGACGUUUGACUACUCAGGAGGAUACGAAAACCAACAUCCUGUAGGGCUGCAGUCCCCUCAAAGCGAUGCUGCCAUACAGGCCAGUAGGACAGAUGGACUCCAGAGGAAAGAGUGCCACUGUGGUUCCACCAACUGUGUUCAGUUCCUUCCACUGGAUUUGUCUAUUCUCAACUGAAAUCAUCCACACUAAAUUUAAUAUCACAUUUGUUUUUAUCUGAAUAAAAAUGG